GACUCCGAAGAGAGAUUCAGAUAGGCAAGCAAAGACGAAGAGAGAGAGAGUAGUGAUCUGGGGUUUUCUCCUCGUUGACCCAAUCGGCUUCCUUUUCUUGUUCUUCGAGUGGUUUGCUUACGUAGAUGGCGGAUUCGUGUUUAAAAGGUGGUAAAUUCAGUGCACCAGGGUUUCGAUUUCAUCCGACCGAUGAAGAGCUUGUCAUGUAUUACCUCAAGAGGAAGAUUUGUAAGAGAAAGCUGAGAGUCAAUGCCAUCGGCGUCGUCGAUGUUUACAAGUUCGAUCCCGAAGAAUUGCCUGGUCAAUCGGUGUUAAAGACGGGAGAUAGACAGUGGUUCUACUUCACACCAAGGAGCAGGAAGUAUCCAAACGCAGCUAGGUCUGGUAGAUGCACGACCACUGGGCUGAAAGCUACUGGAAAGGAUCGAGUCGUAUCGUACAACUCGAGAUCAGUUGGACUCAAAAAGACUCUUGUUUUCUAUAGAGGUCGUGCACCUACUGGUCAGCGUACUGAUUGGGUGAUGCAUGAGUAUACCAUGGAUGAAGAUGAACUCGGGAGAUGCAAGAACGCCAAGGAAUAUUAUGCACUUUAUAAACUGUUCAAGAAAAGUGGGGCUGGUCCCAAAAACGGUGAGGAGUAUGGUGCUCCUUUCCAAGAAGAAGAAUGGGUUGAUGAAGAAGAGGAACCUGUGGUUCGUGUGUGGAAUAAUGUUAGCCUUGUAGAUGUUCAGUUAGAUGAUCUCGAGGAGAUUCUCAGUGGAAUCCCAUUUGCACCUGGGGUUCCUCAAACAUGUACUAAUAUUCCUCAGGUUAACAGAGAAGAAGAUUUGCAGAGCACGUUGGUGAAUAAUUCUGCUAGAGAGUUUCUUAAACCUCAGGGAACUGAAGACUUCUUCUUUCCAAACGACAUGCCUUCGAGUUACGAGUCUAUUGACGUCACGUCAGCCAAUAACUCUGUUAUGGAGCCUUUGGUGUUUGAGAAGGAUGACUACAUUGAAAUGGAUGACCUUCUGACACCUGAUCUCGGAGCUUCUUUAUCUUUAGUUGAGAAGAACCCUGCACAGCUUUUGAACCCUGGUGAAUAUUAUGGAGACUUCAAUGACUUUGACCAAUUGUUCCAUGACGUUUCCAUGUCUUUGGAUAUGGAACCCAUUCUUCAGGAAACUUCUGCAGAUCUGUUGAGUAACUUUGCCGACAACACAUCCGACCAGGAACAGCAAUUGCUUUAUCAACAGUUCCAGGACCAGACCUCUGAAAACAAGCUGAACAACAUCAUGGAUCCUACCCCAAAUCUCAAUCAGUUCACUGAUGACCUGUGGCUUGAAGAUGAUAAUCAGACUGCUGUCCUCUUUGAUCAACCGCAGUCUGUUAUUUGUGGAGCAUUUGCGUCACCUUCAUCAGGUGUGAUCCCCGCUUCCACAAAUCUUGCUACGAGUGUAGAUGAUGCCCAAGACCAAGAAGGCGUCAAUGGUGGUGGUGGAACGAGCCCAUUCUCAUCGGCUCUGUGGGCAUUCAUGGAUUCAAUACCUUCAACGCCAGCCUCUGCGUGUGAAGGUCCUAUUAACCGGACAUUUGUGCGUAUGUCUAGCUUUAGCCGUAUCAGGUUCAGUGGAAAGGCUAAUGGAACGCCAGUGAAUACUGCUGUAAUAGCGAAGAAGCGUGGCAUAAAUAGAGGGUUUCUUCUCUUAUCAAUUGUGGGUGCCUUGUGUGCCAUCUUCUGGGUGUUAGUACCCACGGUUCAAACCUCGGGGAGACCCGUCUUCUCGUGAAAGGUGUGGUUUUUCUUUAAACUAGAUUCUUAAUUACAGAUGAGCUAGAAGAAACCAUGAUCCACAUUAGUGGUCAUGGGAAAUUGACCUGUUCUGAUAUAUACGAGUCUUUGAAUAUGUAAAGAGUUUGAAAGAGUAAAGAGUUGAUUCUUAAUUAAAGAGUCUCGUUUCUUGUGA